GGUCCUCCCUCGCUCGGCUCCUAUGCUCAUAUUUGGACUCGGCCGCCCGUGCCCAGGAAUUUCCCGUCAUGCCUCCCGCCGCCCCGUCUGUCGCCCGGAGCCGGGAGGGAGGAGGGAGGCGGACAGCGGCGGCCGCUCGUCUGCCCCGGAGUGUGCGGCGGACCCUCCCGCGCCCUCUCGCGCUCUGCCUCGGUCUCUGCCUGGCUUCGGCCGCGGCCACCACGCUGCCCGCUUUUGUCCCUGGUUUUGCCUCUGGGUUUGUUGCUGAAGAUAUCACAGUGAUGUCUGCAUUCAACCUGCUGCAUUUGGUGACAAAGAGCCAGCCAGUGGCCCUGCGAGCCUGUGGGCUUCCCUCAGGGUCAUGCAGGGAUAAAAAGAACUGUAAGGUGGUCUUUUCCCAGCAGGAACUGAGGAAGCGGCUGACACCUCUACAAUACCAUGUCACUCAGGAGAAAGGAACAGAAAGUGCCUUUGAAGGGGAAUUCACACACCACAAAGAUCCUGGAAUAUAUAAAUGUGUUGUCUGUGGGACUCCAUUGUUCAAGUCAGAAACCAAAUUUGACUCUGGUUCAGGUUGGCCUUCUUUUCAUGAUGUGAUCAGCUCUGAGGCCAUCGAGUUCACGGACGAUUUUUCCUAUGGGAUGCACAGGGUAGAGACAAGCUGUUCUCAGUGUGGUGCUCAUCUUGGGCACAUCUUUGAUGAUGGACCUCGUCCGACCGGCAAAAGAUACUGCAUCAAUUCGGCCUCCUUGUCUUUCACUCCCACAGACAGCAGUGAGGCAGAAGGAGGCGGUGGCAGAGAGAGCAGCAGCCCAGCAUCGGCAGACAGAGCAGAGCUGUAGAACCGGGGAGAGUGGAGGAAACAAAGUGUUCUCAAUGCACAGCUGAUGGAAAAAAAAAACAAAAAUGGUUUAUCUUAACAGAGUUAUUUUUUCAGAAGCUAUAAGGGCAGUUUAUGCCAUUGAAAUUGUUCUCUCUCUCUCUCUCUCUCUCUCUCUCUCUCUCUCUCUCUCUCUCUCUCUCUCUCUGUCUCUCUCUCUCUCCAAAUGUUCUGCCCAUCCAUGUAUUCUACUGUUGACUAGGUAAAGAACUGUGUGUAGGUCUUGCAAAUGGAGACAGCUCUGUGGCGUUCUUUCACAAGCUUCUAAGUAGCCUUGGCAUUGUUUCUUCCGACUCAGACAUCCCUUCAGUUUUGUUCUGGGUUAGCCUCCUUUGACUAAGAGGUAGAAGCUGUUUGGUCUCCUAAGGGGAAGUCAGAGAGCUGGUGCUCGGGACAGGGAGCAGAGCUGGGGAAGGCAGGGCACCCAGACAUGUGGCCUUAUGAUAAAGAUGGAGUGAUGUCUUAGAUUUCUAGUCUCUGCGGAAAAUCUGAGCUAAGGUUUUUUUCUCACUGAAAGGGUGUGAAGGUCUAAAGUCGUUCCUUAUGUUAGAUUGUUACCAGAUCUGAGAGGCUCUCUGAGGGUUGCCGCAGAGACGUAAACAUUACCUCGUGGGCAGGUCUUUAUUUUAUAUUAUUUUUCAUUGAAAACAGUGGAAUGUAAGACAACUGUAAAAUGCUGCACCCCAUUUCUGUCCAAAGUUCACAAAGAAGAAUGUCUUUCUGUUGCUUUUGUGUGAGUAUUUCUCUCCACACCUCAUGAGAACUACAUCUGUGUGAGCAUUUUGGAAGAUUCCCCAGUGCAAAAUAAAAUAUUACGGACAACAUACUUCAUCAAGGUGGUAGGAAAGAGAAAGAUCAGAGAAGACCAAGUCUUCUUGAAGUCUUGAGUAUUAAAUAAUCCCAUGCUGUGCAAAAUAGGAUCUUACAGGUACCACGCCUAACCCAAACUUCUACAUAACAACAGGAGGCCUGUGGAAAGAUAUUGCGCAUUUAGACAGAAUAGUCAGGCCCAAGUUCCACGCUUCACUGUGUGUACAAAGGACAAGCCAUUUAGCCUUAGUGUGCCUAUAUCUUCAUGUACACAAUAGGACUCAUAUAUUUAUAAAAUAUAUUGAUACUCUCAGGGCAAAAUUACUAUAUCACUAUACAAUUAAGAUCAGUAUUCUCAAGUCACACUGCUCUAGUCUAAUCACUUCAAGGGCCAUAGAGCAGGCAUCCUCAAUAGGAAGAGGCACAGGUGGACACAGUUGGUUGAUAUGGAGACAGAUGGACCGAAAGUCAGACUUUUUACUUGUAACAAUAUGGCAGUUUUUGCUUGGAGAGGCUCUGCAUGGUUGCCUGAGAUUUUCACAGGGUGGACAAGGGAGAUAGAUGCUAACAGCAUUGUAACCAGGUGUGAGUAUCAUGUCUCACAAAUAAGCGUGAUUUUGAAUGCUUAUCCUGAAAUUCACCUCUAAAAGAUAUUUAUGUUUCUAAUUUUUUAUGAAGACUGGUGUCUUUCCUCAUAAGCACUCAAGACAAACGAUGAGAAGAGACAUGUGACGGUUGUAGACACAAUGGGAAGCGAGCACAAAAAGCUGUGACAAGUAAAGCUGAGACCACCAUUUCUGGAAGCUUCUGGGCUCAUCCAGGUAUCUCCUGGAGGUCCUGGCUUCUGGUGAGACUUCACUGUCAGUUCUAGAGAAGUCCAUGCUUCUAGCAUGGACACACGGAAAAGUCAUCUGCAUAUCAAUUCCCGCCCAACAAGAUGUUGCACCCCAAGCCCAGGGCUACUCUGGAUUUCACAGGCUUUGUUCCUCUCUAGAAACAAGAGGGAAAUUUAAGACAAGACAUCAGACUACUGUAAGAGUCUUUGCAACACCAUCAAUGACCCCAUGUAGGGUGGCUAAGGACAGGCAUGGGUCUCACGUGGCAUUCACCCUUCAGAGACACAUAGCCCUUUCUGUCCACUCCCAUCAGUGUGGUGGCUUCCCCAGGCUUCCUUGGAUAUGAGCCAUAAUGUUGGAGUAGAAAAAGAAGAUAAUUGAGAGUUCUUCCUUCCCCAGAGACUUGGGGCUGUUGCUCUUCCUUCAUUUCUAGCUUUUAAAAAAUAUGUAAUAGCCAUUGAAAGAAAAAAGAAAGGAAGAAAGAAAGAAAGAAAAAAGAAAGAAAGAUGUGUGCAUUCAGUUUAAUUCCAGAUUGCCUUUUGGGCUUAAGUGGUAUCAAAUUUCAUUGUAUUUCUGUCUUAUGUUAAAGAAAUAUAUUGCUAAAAUGUCAGUGAGCAAUAAUAUCAGCCGUACAGUGCCAGAUUUACUGUCGAAGGAUAUGGAGUGCAGGGAAUGGAGGCAAUAUGGUUAGGUGUAUGUGAUCCGUGGGAGGAGUUCUGUCCUUUAAUACAGGGGACCCACUGGCUUCCCUGUCCCCAAUUUCCAGAAAUGCAGAGAUGUGCUGGAAGGCAGGAAAUGUGUCCAUAUGAGCAUGCCUUAGAGACUUGGAAGGAGGUAGCAGCAUCAGUUGUAUUCAUGGACUCAAACUUUUCACUUCUAUGUAUUUAAAAUCUCAACGCAAAUGACGUAGCAAUUGGGACAGAACCUCCUUGUGUUGUCUAAAAUGCCUUGCUUUCAAUGUGAGAAACCAAGAGAAUUAGUACCAUUUGUUUUGAAGGUUGUAUAUGUCUCUUGACUUAGAAUGCUUUUUUAACAACUUUUCUCCCAGUAGUUUAAAACUUUUGGAAAGUGACAUGAAACCUUUAUUGAAAACUCUUUUCCUAUAUUUGUUGUAUACAGAAAUUAGGUAAUAAAGUCUCUUUCUAAGAA